AUGGCUGUCGCCGCAGGCGCGGCGGCCACGUUGGCCUCCACGGCCUUCGUGCAGAGCAGUCCAGCCGGUCAGGCUGCCCCAGAAAGAAGCAGCACUCAGCUGCGUGGCCGAAUAGUGGCGGCGCAGACGAGCGGCAAAGGUAGCAGCUCGUCAAGCCUUCUGGGGUGCACGGCUGCGGCUUCGGCAUCAGCUCUCCUAGCGUCUCAGCUUCGUGGCAAGGCCAACUACAGCCGCAAGUCCCAGGUGGUCGUCAGCGCCUUUGAGAGCGAGCUCGGCGUGCAGUCGCCUUUCGGGUUCUGGGACCCCAUCGGCUUCACUGCGGACGGCGACGUCGAUGCCUUCAAGCGCCGCCGCGCCACCGAACUCAAGCAUGGCAGAAUCGCGAUGCUUGCGACGAUGGGUUACAUGACCCCGGAGAUCACUGGUAAGUUCCCAGGCUACUUGUCCCCAUCCAUGGACAUCAAGUUCGCUGAUGUCCCGAACGGCCUUGCGGCCAUCAGCAAGGUGCCUGUGGCAGGCUGGGCACAGAUUUUGGCCUACAUGUCCUUCUGCGAGAUCUCUCAGAAGCAGGACCCCGGUACCAAGCCUUACGACGGGGACUUCGGCUGGAAGGUGCUCACCUCCGACGAUCCGGAGAUCAAGAAGAAGAAGUUGAACUCCGAGCUUGCCAACGGCCGCCUGGCCAUGGUGGGCAUCAUUGGCCUCUUCUUCCAGGACGGAAUCACUGGAUCCCCCUGGGGCUACUGGGCCGGCAACCCCAGCUCCUUCUGGAAGGCGUUCGAGAGCGAGCUCGGCGUGCAGGCGCCCGUGGGAUUCUGGGAUCCCGCCGGCCUUAGCAACCUGGCUUGCAGAGUUUGUGACGUGUCGGGAUGUUUGGGGCCCGGGGAUUACAUGGGUGACGACGAGGUGGUUCGGGACUUCGCGAGAGCUUUCACCUCCCCAGGUUUUGUCGCGGGGCUUUGGAAGUGUGCGGAGUGGUGCCAGACGCUGGCGGGUCGCCAUGGCUGGAGCAGCGUGCCAAAGAGCUCCGGGAACUGGAUGAGGGGGAUGUUAAGGGAUGAGGCGGCGGGGGAAAAGGAAGAUGUCGCUGUGCGGGCCACGUUUCGGCGGCUUAUGCGCGAGGAACGCCGGAGGCACAUGGUGUUCAAAAUUGUGAACCAACUGCUGGCAGCCGUUAAGGGGGAAAGGCCCGCGAAGCUCGAGGACGGCCUCUCGGAUUGGUCGGCCACCGGCCGUGCCAGAUGGGAAGGGCUGAAAGCCCUGGAUGAGCGCACGCAGGCCCUUGUUAAAGCGAAGACGGGCCUAUGGCAGGUCAAGGAUGAGCUUUACACCCUUGUUAUGUCGGAUUUGGAUCCGUUGUUGGAUCUGGACUCCCUAUCCAAAAUGUCGGAUGCGGCCAAGCAAGCCAGAUCCGGGCAGAGCUUCGUGCAGAGCUGGUGGGGGUGCCAGCCCUUGCUUGAGCAAGCAAGGGAGACUGAGUCCCAAAGAGUUCUGGCGUCUCAAAGAGAAGGCGGGGAGAUCCUGCUCCAGGCACUCUCAGAAGAGCUCAGUAAAUGCCCACAGGCCUGCCAAGCAGUGCCAGAAACGUGGAGAACGGAGCUGACCCAAGUUUUCCGGGCCGAGUUCCUCGUUGGCGUCUUCAGCGUAGGCGGUAAGUUCAGCUCUUCGGAGCUUGUGGAUAUCCGUUUCGGGCCGGGACUCCAAGGGCUCCGCACCAGAAAGCAGAGAGAUUGA